UUUAAAUUUUUGUCAAGUUUUUUUACAUUUCUCUUUUCUCUCUUCGUUUGUUUGUUUGUUUGUUUGCCUUGAUAUUUUGUUGUGAAAAGAAAGAUUAUUUCUCCAUAGAAAGAUAUGGCCAAUGAAAAUGAUAAUACGCUUACCGAUUCGGAUAAACUUCGUAUUGUAGCUGAUUUUAUUCUUCAUGCACCUCCUGGUGAAUUUCAAGAAGUUUUUUAUGAUGUUCGCCAAUUACUUAACAAUGAUACAUUAUUGAAAGAUAAAGCUUCCAGCAUUUUUGCCCAAUAUCGUAAAGAUCAAUUGACGCCCGUCAAUUUAUCGAAUGGAACAGAAUUUGCUUUAAUUACCGAAUUUAAUGAUCUUGGUUCGAAUCGUUUUUAUGAUCCAAAAACAAGAAAAUCAUUUAAAUAUGAUUUUCUUACCGAAGAAACUAGUGAUCAUAGCAAUUGGGAACCAGAUUCAACAAGUGAAUCAUGGCGUUCAACAUUGGAUGAUAUCUGGUCAAAUUAUUGUAUUGAUCAUUAUUAUAAAGGUAUUAGUUCGGUAUUUGCCACUACCAACAACAAUAAUAAUGAUCAAAUUACAUUGAGUGCUUGUAUUGAAGCACAUCAAUUUCAGCCAAACAAUUUCUGGAAUGGUUUAUGGAGAUCAAUAUGGAUAAUAACAUUGAAACCAAAUCGAUUGGAAGCCGAUAUAUUUGGUAAAAUAAAAGCACAAGUUCAUUAUUAUGAAAAUGGAAAUGUACAACUUGUUAGUUUUAAAGAAAUUAAAGAAUCAAUCAGUUUUACGGAUGAAAAAAGUAUGGCCGAAAAUUUUCGAAUGAUUGUUGAAGAAGCUGAAAAUGAAUAUCAAAUUGCCAUAUCACAAAAUUAUCAAAAUAUGUCGGAUACAACAUUCAAAGCAUUAAGACGUGCAUUACCUGUUACUAGAUCAAAAAUUGAUUGGCAUAAAAUAAUGAGCUAUCGUAUUGCAAAUGAUAUUAAACAAUCAUAGAGAAAGAGAGAGAGAGAAACAAAAACAAAAACAAAACAAAAAAAAUUAUUUACACUUUAUAAC